GCGACGCUUUCCCAGCAAGGCUCAGGGCAGGCUUGCUAGCCAUGGGGAUUUGGCAGCGACUCUUUAGUGGCAUGUCGCUUCGGGGUAGUGUUCUGGCCUCUUGGUCGCUUAGGGAUAUCCGAGCAUUUGUUUUUCGCCGCCAGUUAUCUGGCGCUGAGAGUGAGAACCUAAAACAGAGAAGAACACAAAUCAUGUCCCGAGGACUUCCAAAGCAGAAACCCAUAGAAGGUGUUAAACAAGUUAUAGUUGUGGCUUCUGGAAAGGGUGGAGUUGGAAAGUCUACUACAGCAGUAAACCUUGCACUUGCACUGGCAGCGAAUGAUUCGGUUGGCCUCAAGCUCACAAUCCGGCCACAGCUUCUGAAGGAGUCAAAGGCCAUUGGUUUGUUGGAUGCCGAUGUGUAUGGUCCAUCAGUUCCAAAGAUGAUGAAUCUGAAAGGAAAUCCAGAAUUAUCACAAAAUAACCGGAUGAGGCCUCUUUUGAAUUAUGGUAUUGCUUGUAUGUCCAUGGGCUUCCUGGUUGAAGAGAGUACACCAGUUGUUUGGAGAGGCCUUAUGGUAAUGUCUGCUGUUGAGAAACUGUUGAGGCAGGUAGAUUGGGGGCAACUGGACUAUUUAGUUGUUGACAUGCCACCAGGAACGGGAGAUGUGCAAUUAUCAGUUUCACAGAAUAUUCCCAUUUCAGGCGCUGUGAUUGUAUCCACGCCCCAGGACAUUGCACUAAUGGAUGCACACAAGGGUGCUGAAAUGUUUCGCAAAGUCCAUGUGCCUGUUCUUGGCCUUAUCCAGAAUAUGAGUGUUUUCCAGUGUCCAAAAUGUAAACACAAAACUCAUAUCUUUGGUGCUGAUGGUGCAAAGAGGCUGGCACAGUCCCUUGGUCUUGAUGUCCUGGGAGACAUUCCAUUACACCUCAGUAUCAGGGAAGCUUCCGACAGGGGCCAGCCAGUUGUGUUUUCACAGCCUGAAAGUGAUGAGGCCAAAGUUUACCUGAGAAUUGCUGUGGAAGUGGUGAGAAGAUUGCCACCACCUCCAGAAUGAUUCCCAAGCAUGCUGGAGAUUGACCUGGUACUUGACUCAGAAAUGAGCUGUGUGGUGGAGGAACCUGAAGAAAUAUUAGCAAUCAUGAGUUUUUUUCUUUCAUUCCUUAGGAAAUAAUGUCUCAUUGUCAGAUUUGAUUUGUUAUAGUGUGACUCAUAAAUAAAAUUUUCAUGUAUCAAUGCUAAUUGCUAUAUUUAGGAAUUUUUUUGAAAGCUGAUAUGUUAUCAAUUGUGCUUAGUUGUAUUUUAUUUUAUUGAACUAUCUCUUAUGGAAUCAUGAUUUUAUGCUAUUACUGCCCAGUUUUUGGCAGGACCAAAGAAUUAGUUAUUUAAAGAAUUUACUAAUUUAUGUAUGGACAUUUAUGUGGCACUUCCCUAGCCAGCACUUUGUUCUGAGUUUGAGUCUGUCUCUGAUACUAUCUUAGACAUGUUCUUAAUAAAGAACUUCUUCAUUUAGACCAGAUUCUGCCCAGACUUAAUGAAUUUGAAUCUCCAGGGGUGGGGCCUAGAUAUUUUUUUUUUAACAAGAUCAUAAUAAUUUUGAUGAUGCUUUGGAUUAUGUCAGCAAUAAUAAUAAAUAAUAGCAUUUACCAGUUGCUUCCUAUGUGUCCUCACAAUCUUUUCUUCUGUUCACACAAGUUGAGUACUAUUACUGUAUUUAUUUUCCAGGUGAAGAAAUAGAGGUAUGAAGUGUCCUACCUAGCAACGAUAAGGCUGGGAUGUGAGCUUGGGAAGUUCGGUGCAGGAUUCUUCCCUUUGUACACUAAUGUGCAUGUGUUAAUUUCAGAAAGGUAUCUAACAUGCACUGUGAGCAUGAAAUACUCCCCCUUCCUUAGAAACAUUUCAUAAAGUUCUUAUUUUAAGGCAUGUACUUUGGAAAACAUGUGUCUUGACUUACUGAAACUGAGUUAAGGACUUUGCAAGGUCAGGUAGCAGAUAGACAAAAGCUGCAAGCUCUGAUAAGAGUAAGUCAUUAGUUAAUCACAAGGAAGUGAUCUGUGACCUCUAGCAAAUCUUUUGAUGUCCUUUGCUCUCUAGUUAUCAGCCAGAAAGUUACACAGAGUUGCACAUCAUUAUAUUUUCACAGAAAAACCCUUACAGGGAUAUUUGUAACAGCUUUAUCUGUAAUAGCCAAAACAACCCAAGUGUUCUUUCACAUGUGAAUAAUUAAAUGGUGACAUCUUGUUAUGGUUGAGAUCUAAAAGGUCCCUCAUUGUUCAGAGGUGGAGCUUUUGGAAGGUGACUGGAACGUGGGGCACUGUACUCAUCAGUUGAUUAAUGCAUUGCUUAGUUCACAACGGAGUGUGCUGUUAGGAAGUGCAGCCUGGCUGGAGGGGGAUCCCUGGGGGCGUGACUUGAAAGGGUCUAUUGCCCCCAGCUCUCCCUGCCUUUUUUCUCCCUGAUUCCUGGCUGCCACUGGAGUGAGCUUCAGUCCUCCAUCACCUUCUACCAUGCUGUUUUUGCCUUGGAGCAGCCAGCCAUCAUCUGAACCACUGAAAAUAAGGCAAAUGGACCUUCUCCUUUAAGUUGUGCAUGUCAGUUAUUUUGUCCCAGCAAUGGAAAAGUGGAUGAGUGAAAAGGCUAGCAUCAAAAGAUUGUGUACUGUAUAAUUCCGUUUAUGUACUAUUCUUGAAAGACAAGGUUAUAAAAAUGGAAAACAGAUUAGUAGUAGCUGGUUAAGGAGAGAGAGGUAUGGAGGGCAUUGAGUGUGGCUAUGAAAAGGCAACAUGAGGGAAACUGGCAAUUGAAAUUUCUGUAUCAUGACUUUUGGUGUCAAUAAAUACUUGUUUUGCAAGAUGUUACUUUUUGAGGAAUUUGUGUUAGGGCACAUGGGCUCUGUAUGUUGUUCCUUACAGUUGAAUGUACAUCUAAGUUCUCUCAAAAUAAAAAGUAAAAAUUUAACUAAA